AUGCAGUUGAUGCGGACACAGAAGUGUGGUGCUGUGAAUGUGGAGAUGGACUGUGCUUCCUCAGUGGACAUGAGCAAGGUGCUGGAGGAGAUGAGGACCCAGUCUGAGGGCAUGGUGACAAAGAACCAGAGAGAUGCUGCCAAGUGGUUCGAGAGCAAGGUGGAGGUGCUUCAGAGCCAGAUCACCACCAGCACCACAGAGGUGAAGACCUCUCAGUCUCAGGUGACCGACCUGAAGAGGACCUUCCAGAGCCUGGAGAUUGAACUACAUGGCCUGCUCACUCAGGUAUGAUGUCAAACCAUCUUAGUGAAUCAG